AUGCAGCACGCGCCAUGGGUACGUGGACAUGCGAUGAGGACAGAAGAGUUGGGUGCGGCGGUUAGUGUCAUUGCAUGGGCUCAGGCGGCGAUGACUUUAAUGCUCGAGUGUAGAAGGGAUCUACUUCCCCCGCCUUUGCAGUACACGAGUCUUGAUCGACCAGGUUCAUUACGAUAA